CUUUACGGAAGUGUGGAUCUACAAAAUGUCAGGAUUGUCAAAAUGGCCGCCGAAUAUCCAGUUGCUUUAUAAGUUAACUGUGAUACAUUAGUGUUCUCAAAAAAAUAUUUACAGCGUUUUAAAAAUGCGAUCACCUAAUUGUAAAACAGACACAAGAUGUUUAUUAUGUUUCAUCAUUUUAUUUCAUUAUUUUAUUUAAAUAGGUAUCCGGUACGAGUUGCUAUAGCGACGCGUGCAUCGCUACCUGAAGCAAAUCACCUACUCGUCACAUUUUUGCUCAGUUAAAUUCGUCUUUCUUCAUGGCGCACAAAAAGGGCUCAAUAAUGUCGGAGAGAGUGGAAUUUAGAAGGUAUCUUGAACAAAAUGGGGUGCUUGACGCCUUGACAAACGCCAUGACAGCACUUUACAACGAGGUUGAAAAACCCGACCAUGCAAUGGGUUUUUUGAAGCGUCACAUCAUUGCAGUGGAGGCUGAGGCUCUUGCCUCUCAAAAAGCAGAGCUGGAGCAAAAGUGUCAGAUUCUCACGGAGGAUAAUCUGACGCUGAGGAGCAAGCUGAUGCAGUAUGAGCCAUCAUCUGAAACGGCAGACUAGAAGGGAUGCUAUUUUUGGAAUGUAACAAUCAAUAAAGGUUCUGUUUGACUGUUUCA